AUGGCUGGGGGUUGUUCUAGGGGGGGUGAUCAUCGAUCAUCUUAUACCCUACCAUGUUUUCCCAACUCCGAUCUAUGCACGGUAGUUGCACAGUGUAGUGGUUUUGUUAAAUCUUUCUCAUUCCUACCACCUUACCUGAGGUGUGUCUCUGACUUUGGCUGUCCCCUUCAUCACCACCUACACCACCACACCACCAUUAUGAUCUACCUACAACUGUACCAGCCCCCUAACUUUUGCUCCUCAUCCCCAGAACAAUCAUCAGACAACCAAGGAAACGACGGCUCUGGAGUCCCAGAAUCAAAAGCCGCCCACCGCCGCGCCCAAGUCAGACGAGCGCAGAUCCAGCACCGCCAACGCAAAGCCAACUAUGUCAAGGAGCUUGAGCAAGAGGUGGCCAAGAUAAGGAAGCAGAUUGAGGACGUGGACAAGGAGAGGAGGGUGUUGAGGGUGGAGAAUGAGGGGAUGAAGGCCGAGUUGAGGUUGAGGAACGGGGUGUCAUUCCCAGGUCCACAGCCAGCGCCGCCGCAACAGCAGCAAGGGGUAGCAGGGCCGUGGUAUAUGUCUGAAAAAAUGAACUUCACAAUGACGAUGCAGCUCGGCUACGACGAGGUGCUAGGCGCGCCGUGUUACAUGGUUAGCGGGUUAUCAUCCCCAGGGUUUGAAGCAGUGACGAAAGCCACCACAGCAGCAACCGCCAUCCCCAACUCUAGCAUCCUACCCACACCACCGACAACAGCAACUUUCGCCCCUGCUUCCUCUUCCUCGAUCACCACCCCAACCAAAAACCCCAUCACCAACACCCCCGACCACCCCCCCGAGCUACCCUACAUGACCCCACCCCAAAUCCAAACCGCCAUCAACUUUAUCCUCGCAACCCACUUCCACCCCUCCCACUUCUCCCCUUCCACCUCCUCCCCAGUCACCACCCCCCCAUUCCACUCCUCCCAAGGGCACUCCCUCACCGCAACAUCCCUCGCCCUGUCCUCCGCCCCGUCAUCAAUUUUCACAGCCGCCAAACGCACCCAGCUUUUCCCGGGAAGUGGCAUCAAUCUCAAACCAUCAUCAUCGGGAACUGAGUCCCUAGAAUGGGAAAACUCAGCCCUCACACUAAAAAAUUUGUACCGGCUCUCAAAAGUGUUGGAAAAAGAAGGCGAGGACAGGACCGAGAUCACGCCUGUGCAGGCUUGGUUUGAGAUUUUGGCAAAAUAUGGGGUGGAGAGGGUGAUGGGACGGGUCGAGAGGUUGAAGGGGGAGUUGGGGGUUAGGAGGGUGGUGAGGUGUCCGCAUUUUGGGGCGAGGGUGGAUAGGGGGGAGUGGGAGGUGGUUGUUGAGGGGGUUAUGAGGUGA